GUUUUGCAUGUAUUCGUCAAUCUAUGUGUGUAUGUUUGUGUGUAUGACAUACAUGAACCAUACCAUAUGAACGUGUGUGGUAUUCAUAUUUUAACAAUGCAACACAAAUCAUGAAAUGAUUUGUACAGCUUAAAAUUCAAUGGCCGCCAUUUGUAGAAUCGCCAUUAAAAGUGUUUAGUGUGUUUGUUUUAGAUAAAUUUUUAACACUAAAUUCUUCGUUCAAUUGGCACAAACAUUGGUCACGACACCAAAAUGAGUGAAAACGCGUAGUAAAUUUUUUUUUUUAGCAAUCAAUUUAAUUCAAAUAAAUUGUAGCUCAAACAUAAGAUAAUCCAAAUGAAAUACAAAUAGUUUUUCGGUCCUGAUAGUGUAAUACAAUUUGAACGAAAAUAAAAAUUAAAGGAAAAAUACUUGACAUAUAUACACAUCUUGUCCGUAUAUGUGCAUAUAUACAAAGUGAGUGCGAAAACCAAACAGAAUUGGAAAUUUGUGAGCUGUGUGGAAAUCGACACCAAUUCAUCGGAAUAAAUCAUUGACAUUGAUCAAAAUGAUGAAUCCUCCUGUUAUAUCGAAUAGUGGCAGCUUGGAAGAUUGUCAUACGAACUUUUUUGCAUUGACUGAUUUGUGUGGCAUUCGAUGGCGUAAAUUCGUAUUUGUUGAUCCAACAAAUGAACCGCUGAAAGAUCCAAUACUCCGUUCAUAUGCAAGAUGCUUACGUGAAAAUAUUCUGUGUGUUUGGCGCCGUAUUUCAUCGAAAAAGGUCGAUUCAUUCAAUCCCAGUAAUUUAUAUGAUGCACGCACACAAAAUUCCAUGACAUUUCCACCAUUGUCACUGAAAACAUCGAAAGAGCUGUGGAUAUUUUGGUAUGGCGAAGAACCCGACCUCAAUGAAUUGCUUGUACCUGAACUUAUGAAACCAACGGUUGAGACGGCUGAAGGCUCCUAUGAAAAUGGAAUUAGCUACGAGUGUCGAUCUCUGUUAUUCAAGGCGUUACACAAUUUGAUCGAACGAUGUUUACUAUCGAGAGGUGUGAUGCGAUUAGGUAAAUGGUUUGUGCAACCAUGUACAAGGCAAAAUUGCUCCAUCGAAAAUGGUUAUCAUCACAUGUCAUUUUCGUUUGGAUUUUUUGUGCACGGCGAAAGUACAGUGUGUACAUCCAUUGAUUUACGUAAUCAUCCGAAUGUGCGACGUUUAACAUUAGAUCAUGUAAAAGAGGCUGCAUUGAAUAGUGAUUUUAAUCAACAUCCGGUCAUUCUGGCGCCGUACGGUUUGGCCGGUACACUAACCGGCAAAUAUUAUAAACCAUCGGAUCCAAUAACAAAGAAAACACUCAAAGAAUGGUCAAUUUUUUAUCCAUUGCUUCGCAAGACUGAAUACCAUUAUCCGCCCGUUGUUGAGGUAAUCACCGGCGGCGUUAGAAUGUGUUAUCCUGCCAAAUAUGUGCUCGUCACUGAUAUCGAUGACGAAGAAUUUGCGUUUAGUUCGAUUCCAAAAAUGUGCCAACAAGACGAUAUGAACGAAAUUGAAAAUGAAAAUAAAAUUCAAACACCGUUCGGCGUCGAGAAUAUAAUUGGUGAACGCGUUUGGCAAGAAUGCGUAAUUGGUUCACAAAUUUUGACAACGCAUCAACAGGAGGCUGAAAAUGUUAUAGAAAAUACAACUGAUAAAGAACAGUAUUUUGAACAUCCAACAAGCAAAUCCGUGUGCAAUUGCACGAUACGAAAGAAUCCUGACAAACCAUCCAGUUGUGGCUUAAACCAGAGUAAUCAACUAAUGGCUGAUAUAUCAUCUGCCAUUACAUCGAUGGGAACACCACAAGGAACACCAUCAAGCCCGGAACUUUCACCGUAUUUCCCGUAUCCAUCGUCGGUUUCACCGCCCGAAUAUGAAUCGCAAGCACUUCCAAUACCGUCGCCAAAUCAACUAUCAUCACAAUAUGAACUACAAAACUUUUUGAAUUCGUCCAGUGACUACGAUGACACACAUUCGCCGUUUGUUCUGACAUCAGAACAACCGCAAAAUAAUCAAUUGACACCAAACCCAUCGCCAGAUAGUAUAAUCGAUAAAGUGAAUGCAAACGAACAGAUUUCACCGGGUGGUAGUGUCAAAGAGAGUGGCAAAUCGAUAAGUGAUGAUGAAAUCAAAGAGAAAAUUCUCCACAUGAAGACUGAUCCGGAUAAAAACUUGGGCUUACCAACAUCCGAUACAGCGGCAAUUGACAAUGCAAACAUCACAAAUGCUUUAGACAUUAGCAUCAAAAGUGAACAUCUUUCUACUGACAUCGAUUUACUUGAAAAUAAUACAUUGAACGAUACCAAUUUCCUAAAUAGUGCAUUAGAAAAUAUAUUUGGCGAAGGCGAGAGUGAGCUCAAUGAAAACGAAACAAAAAUGUCCUUCGAAUCAAAUGAUCAAAAUAAAAAAUCCGAGAAUGAACAUAAAAAUGUAAAAAAUCUAAACGAAAGUAGCGACAGUGACAGCGAUGACACCGAUGAUGAUUCAGACGAUUCGGACGACUCGGACGACGAUGAAAGUACCGAAAAUUCAGAAAAUGAGGAGGAAGAAGACGAUGCUUCUGACGUUGAGCAAAAGAAGCAUUCGCCAAAUAAAAACAACGAUGGAAAGAGCAAGAAGAACACGUCCGAAAAUGAUAUUGAUGAAAACACCGCCAAACAAUGCACAAAUCCAAGUGAAAGUUUAGAAAAAAUUUUAUCGGCCGAUGCAGAUAGUUCGUCCGAUUCGGCUAAAAUGGGCGGUGAACAUGAGAAAGGUGCGGGUGGUGAAGGUUCACACCAAAGCCCAAAAUCAAGUGAUAAAUUAGGGUGUAUGGGUGAAAAAACUGAUGGUAGCCGAACGUUUGGCAUGCAACGCUCUGAAGAUAGCAAUCGAAUUGAUAAUUUGCCAAACGAUAGUAAUAUUGUUAGUUCCGAUUUAGCCAAUGACAACCAUAGCAAUAUUAGUGAUUCGGAUGUUGGCGAUUUUGCCGAUGAUGUGGACGAUUCGUCGAAUGAUAGCGCCAAAAGUAGUAAUUCCCAUGAUUUUGUAAUACGUUUAACAAAUAAAUCAAGUGAUGUUCCUAUAAAAUCAGAUUGUGCCAAUUUGGAAGGCAAUACAAAAUCUGACAUAAAAACUAGCAACAGCGAUCAAAUGCCGUUCAUAAAUUCAAUGAACUUUUUAGAUGAUUUAAAUACGACUGAUACCAGCGAUUCGAAUAGUAGCGGAAAAGAUUUGAAAUGUUCAAGCACAUUUAGCCUAAUGCGUGACUGUGGUUCAAAGGGCAUCGAUUCGAGCUCGGGCCAAAGAGAGCAUGAUGAUCAAUUAAAAACAUCGCCGAGCUCGGACACAAAAUUGAAAGGCGUUUCAUCAUGCAUUGGAUUGAGUUUGGACAGUGCAAUCGGUUCAAAAAGUGUUGAAGAUGAUAACGCUAUGUCUGAUUUACAUACGGACAACAUUUCCGAUGAUGAAUAUGAUAUUAAACCGGACAGUAUUACAUCACGCAAAGCCGAAAACAUUUCAAUUCGUAGCAAUGAGAAUUUUGAAAGUAUUGCCAAUUAUAUAAACCCAACGGCAAUUAGCUUAAACACACUGAUUUCGGCUGACUACUCAAAUCUGAGCGACAAUAAUGACACCAAUAGCAAUGACAAUCGCGAUAACAGUGACAAUAAACGAAACGAAAACUCGCCAACUAUCAGCAAAUCAGAAACAAUUACGGACAAAGAUAUUAUGGAACCGGGAGAAUUGCUUGGAAAAAAUUUGCUCGAAUCACAAGAUUCAAAUUUGACCAGCGAAUCGGUGAUCGGUGAUGUUGCAAGUAAAAUAGGAAAAAGUCCAUUUCCCACGGAAUGCAUCAACAAAGAUAAAUCAGAUGUAUCGGCCGAUUGCGAUGGUAAUGACGGUGAUGCAGGCAAGAAGAGUGAUGGCUUUUGUGCUGAUGAAUUGGCAGGUGCAAAAGGUGAAUUUGGUUCCUUAAAUGCAAUUAGCACAAACGAAAGUGGAGGUGGAGGUGUAUCUGAAGGUACGAAGAAUGUUCUCCAAGAAAAAUGUGAGACAGCACAAAAAACCGAUGAUGAAAUGGUAUUUUCAUUUUUAGACGAGCAGAGCAUGCAAGAUUCAAAUCAGAGUGGUAUUUUAGCAGAUAUUUUAAUAAAUGAUCCAAUCAAAAGCAAAGAUGACACAGGUCUUGGUCAAAUGUUGCCAAAAACAUCAACAAGUAUGUCCGGUUUAGAUUUAGAUCCGGAAAGCUUAUCACAGAUAAUGGAGUCGAUUAAGUCGCCAAAUCAAACGGAAAGCGAACGAAAACGUACCAACAGCCCAGGCAACGGUGCGAAUACUGAAAACACAAGAGGCGACGAUCGAUUCAAUAAAACAAAUACACCAUAUAUUAGUCCAGUACGUGAACACAUGAAUGUGGCACAUUGCAUUGACAACGUUGCGGCACCAGCAAUCGAUAAACACUCAUUAGGUUUGGAUGAUUCGAAAUCGAUUGAUGGCGGUGUUGCAUUUGUAGAUGGUGUACGACUCAAAGACAGUUUGACCACAAUUGAUUUGUUAAAAAAUCGACCGUCAGAUUUGACCAGAGAGAUUGAAAUUAAAAUUGAAAAUCCCACCGAAUUUCUACCGGAACAAAUAACACAAAGUUCAACACAUGAAGACAUCGACGUGAUGUCGUCCGCCUUGAGUAUUGAAAAGAAAUCGAGCACAUUAAAAACUAGCGGAGAGAGUGCAAAAAAACUGAAAAAUUCCGAAAGUGAUGCAAAUGCCAGUAAAUUGACGUCGAGCAGUAGCAGCCGAUCAUCGAAGAGUAGUAAAAAAUCAAAGCAUGCUAAAUCGGUUGAAUCGUCAAAAAAGUCAAGCAAAUCGAGCAAUAAAACCGACAAAAAUAAAUCAACUGAUACGGACAAUACAAAAAAUAGCGAAAAUGCUCCGGGUGGCUCCGCAAAUACGUCUUCGUCCAGUAAAAAGGCAAAGGAUGGCAGUAGUACAAGCCGUAAACGAAUUUUAAAACCAACGAAACGUCCACAUCGAACAUUUUAUAGUAACAGCAUGCAAAUAGCCAAACGGAAUAUGAUCAAUUUGGAAACGCUCGCAUCUUUGAUGAAAAGGCCUAACUUGAAUGUUCGCAAUCAUGACCUCAUCGCUGAAUGUAAUGAAACUCCACAAUCACUGUACGAUUUUUCAACGUGGGAAGCGUGGAUGGCACAUUCUUUUUCAUUAUUUGGCGCUAUCGUUCCACCAGGUAAUAUGCAUCCGGUUAAAAGAUUCAAACCUGGUGAACGGUUUUCAUCUCGAGCCAUUUUCAAAGAAUUACAAGAUCUUUACUCAAAGCAAAAUGUGCGAUUAGCCGAUUUCAAGAAUAAUCCGCCAAACAGUGUUGAAAGCAAAUCAGUUUCUGACGGUCUUCAUACAUCCGACGAAGACGUUGAUCAAGACUAUUACAAUGACAGCGGUUCGAAUUCAAACUUGUCUGACUACGAUUUGAAUAGCCCUGAUAUUUUAUGCAGCCCAACAAAUUUCUCCGAUAUUUAUUUUGGAGGUGCACGCAAUCUGUCACUUCUUUCCGAUCUUGGUGGCAUGGUCGAUCCAGAUUGCUCUGAUAAUUCAAACGAAGGAUCAAUGCAGGAUUGGACGUUCAACUUAUCAUCAUCAUCAACAUCAACCACAUCAAAGCAGCUUAUUUCAUCAAAAUAUGCACCACUUACAAAUAUAGCACCAACUCAAGCCUAUUUGCAGCACAAUUUCAUUUAUCGACCAUCUUGGGAGUCAUCAAAUGGCUCGGGAAAAUCACUGAACAAAAAGAAUAAAUUCGGCGCCACUUUGAAUAAUAAAGUUGGCAUUGGUUUCAGUAAAAGUAAGAACAAAAAUAAGCAUCGAACAUUUGGUGCAGGACCAAUAAUAACUAAAACGGAUGGUAGUAAAUCAAAGCGUUCAAUAAGCGGUUUCGAUUAUCUGAUUAAAAAAGAAGUUGAUUUCAAAGGUGGCCAGAAUAAGUAUGAAAGUCGACAUAUGACUAUCAAAGAGGAACCAACAAGUGACACAGAAAUUCGAAACGAAAGCGAAAGUGAUACGGACAGUGAUACAGACAAGAAGAAAUCGGGCAAAAAGAAAAGUGAUAAAGGCCAAAAAUCACGAAAAAGUGGCCAGGCUGAAGAAUGUUCGAUGUAUGAUAAUAAUGGAAAUAGUGAUGACAACAGCAAUGAUUCUGGUCAUAAUUUUGACUCCAUGAAAUCCGAUCUGUAUCACAAAUCUAAUAUAAAAUCUGAAGUGAGCGGAUCCAAUGAAAAUGUUUUACAGCGAGGAGAUGCCGGCGCUCAAAGAACGAACAGUACCAAUUUAGAUAAAAGCAGCAGUAGCGUCGAGGAGUUUGAUAAUGAAAAACCAGUUAAAGUGGUCAAGGUUCAUAUCAAUCUGGACUAUGAUAGCGAAGUGUAUAAUGAAGAAGUACACAUUCGUAAAUUUCAUAAAUAUCAGCGAAACAUCGAGAUGGCAAAUAGCUUGCAAGUUGCACCAUUUGACACCACCACCGAAUCAUUUCCAUUUGAAAAUAAUGCGACAACCAUUCUAGAGAGUGGACAACAAAUGAAUUACAGUUCAAGCGAUUCAGACUCAGACGAUUCGGAUGGCAAUGAUUUAGAUGAUUCGGAUAAUUCAUCGUGCGAUGAAUGCGCCACUGGACCAUGUAGCACUUCUAUUUUGCCAUCACUUCAAAUUGGUAGCACAGCUUCAAGUCCAGCCAUGUCCUUAUCAUCUUAUUACAACAAAAACGAAACCUACUUAGAAAAUAUAGCUCAACCGGUGCAACGUUUACCAGAGACGAAUGCAUUGAUAUUGAAUUUGCUUUUGUACGAUACAUCGUUGAAUGUAUUCCGUGAUCAUAAUUUCAAUAGUUGUUCGUUGUGUGUAUGCCAUACAUCUUGUGAUGGAACAUUUGGUAAUAUUCGUGGUUUGGAUUCAGGUCGUUAUUUAGCAUUGAAUGGUCAUAGUUAUUCGGAAUAUGUUCCUGAUAUUUCAUUAACUUUAAAUCCAAUUGGUCAAUUUGAAACGGAAAAUGAUCGCAAUAUGCGUGUUAAAAAUUCUCAUCUAUUGGGCUAUUUAGACACCGAUCCAAUUCAUUGUACAUGUGGCUAUAGUGCAAUAGUUAAUCGUAGACUGUCACAUAAAUCGGGCUUAUUUUAUGAUGAUGAAAAUGAAAUAACUGGAAUUGCUGAAGAUCCACAAGAGCAAAAAGCACGCGAAAAGAGAUCAUUGCUGAUAAAAAGUGCGGCAGGUAGUGACGAAUUUCUAUUUGGUAUGGAAAAAAUGUGUGGUUCGAUCUCACAAGUAAUUAUGGAUUACAUUCAAGAGCAAUGUACUUGUGUGCAAAAUGCCACAAAUUCUGUGCAACGUUCAAUUCGUUUUGUGAAUAAUGCAAGCUAUUAUAGUUUCGAAGAUGCAUUCAUCAAUGUGGUUGAAUACUGUGAUGCACAGGACAUUAUUCGAUUGGCAUUGGACAACAGUAAAUUGGAAAGUCAACCAAAAUCACGUAAAAAUAAUGCGCUCGUCAAAUCGAAUGAUUCGUACACCAAUGUACAUAAAUGGCCGUACAUAAAAGCAAGCGUACCAUCGAACAACAAAGAUGUGCUGAAAUUCAUGCAAAUGCUGAUGCCAGUGCUACAAGGAUCGUUUAAUAAAAAAUACAUGACACGAAUGUGGGAAGCACCAUAUGCAAUUCAGGGUCCAUUAACAUGGCGUCAAUUCCAUCGUUUGGCAUCAACACAAUCGGGACAAUGCGAACCACAACCAAUCCCAUCAAUAAUCGUCGGACAUGAAAAGGAAUGGUUGUCGGUUUCACCAUUUGCAAUUCAAUACUGGGAUCAAUUGAUGCUCGAACCAUAUUCAUACACACGUGAUGUGGCCUAUAUCGUUGUUACACCAGACAACGAUUAUGUGGUCGAUGAAGCAAAGCAAUUUUUCAAAGAGCUGAGCACCAUGUACGAAAUGUGCAAAUUAGGAAGACAUUGCCCAAUUAAAGGCUGUGAUGGUAUUUUGAGAUCAAGCAAAAGCCCAACCGAUAUCAUAAGCGAUGAAUUCGAAAAUUUAUAUGCAUUAUUUGAGGAUAAUAAAACAAUUGAAAUCAUCAAAUCGUACAUAUACACGUGUCAACAACAUCUUGUGCCGUAUCUCACAAAUAUUUCGUCGGAUAAAAGUAUUUUGGAUCCAGAACCGGAAGGUUUUAACAUUAAAGAUGUGUACAAGGAUAAAUCGAUGUCAAGCCCAAUGUUUCAGCCAGAUACACCGGAAUUUUCAUACAGCAAUGCCGAAAAUAAAGAGCAAAAUUCAUCAUUUGAAAAUGAAUGCGAUUCAAAUGCAUCGUACAGUAAUGCACAAACUCCACAGCCGGCUUCAUCAAACGAACCAAUUGUAUUGACAAAUCAGAAUGAAGCAAACGAUGCAAUACCACCGUGCAUCAUAAUUUAUGUAUUGAAUCCAUUAUCAUUUGGUCAUGAAUCGGAAGAUUUGCAGCGUAUUUCAUGUAUUGCACUUCUGCGAAGCUACUCAAAAAUUCUAAAUGCCGUACCAGAUUCCAUUCGUAAUAACAUUAAAUUACAAAUCCUUUCGAUGGAAAGCAUUUUGGAAAUGGGCCAAAACUGUGAUUUACUUCGGGCUGCCGAUCAAAUGCGUUGUUUGGCAUUGAGCAUUUUCUCGCAGUGUCGCCGCAAUUUAACACAUGACUUAACUGCUAAAGUUCUAACCGGCUUUGGAACCGCAGCCAAUUUGAAAAAGGUCAUUCAAAAUAAAGAUCAAAAUAAUCGCACUCCAUACAAAUUGUAUGCACCACCGUACAUAUUGUCGGGACGCGAUGAAACAAUUGAAAGUAGUGAAGUGUUUGGUGCAAGUACAGUUGAUACACCAUCGUCUGUGUUAUAUUGUAAUUAUUGUUUGUCAGAAGAUCAAAAAUGGUUGCUUGCGGUGGCAACCGAUGAACGUGGCGAACUGCUCGAAACAAUAACAAUAAACAUUGAAGUUGUAAAUUCCGAACAAAAUCCAAAGAAUCGAGGCGAUUCAAUUCGUCGUCAAAGUUUACAAAAACUGAUGGAUUUCAUAAUUGGCAUCAUUUCACAAACAUCACAACAAUGGCGCAUUGUCAUCGGUCGUGUUGGUAGAAUUGGACAUGGUGAAUUGAAGGCGUGGAGUUGGCUGCUAUGUAAAUCAAGUCUUGUUAAGAUUUCAAAACAAUUGAAAGAUGUAUGCGAUCAAUGUUCAAUGAUGUAUUUGCAUAGUUGCCCAAGUAUUGUAAGCGCAUGUUUACUUACACUUGAGCCAGACACCUGUUUCCGCAUACUAUCCGAUCAAUUUACACCCGAUGAACGUUUCAGUCAAAUUGCUAUGCAAUCUACAUUGUCAACGCCGAGCGAUCUUUCAUGUACACACAUCUUAGUACUGCCAAUCAAUGCAGCGGCACAAGCUGUUCAAACGUACCCAGAACAUCACAUCACAGAUUUCAGCGAAGAAGAGUUGUUUGUUAGCUUAGGAAAUAGCGCUCCAUUAGGUGGCAUAAAUAAUAUGGCCUCGAUCAAUAAUAUGGGCUCAUUGAAUGGCAUGAAUUCAAUAAAUAACAUCAAUGGCAUCGGCGGAUUGAACAACAUUAACGGCAUGAAUAUGAACUCCGGCAUGAAUAUGAACAUGAACAAUGCAGGAAUGAAUGCUUUGAAUGCACUUAACAACAUGAACAACAUCAAUAAUUUGGCCGGAGUCAAUAAUAUAAACGGUUUAAGCGGAUUAAAUGGCAUCGACAGUAUGAAUGGAAUUGAUAAUUUGAAUGGCAUCGAUAGCAUGGAUGGAAUCGAGGGAAUUGACUUGAACAUGGAUGGAAUGGACGAUGUAAAUAUGAAUAACAUUGAAGAUUUCCUAUCCAAUGACUGGGAAAACCAUUUCACAGAUGAAAUUCAACUGCCAACGGAUAAUCCACAAGAUGAUCCAACGCUCGAUGUUAAAUUAGAAAAUGUCAAUCCAAACGACGACCAUCAGUUGUUGAAUCAAAAAGUGGAAAUGGCUCAAGUAUCGAAACAAGACCACGAUCAAAAACCAAAUGCCAAUUUAAUGCUAUCGGUAAAUAUGAGCGGCCUUGGACAUCAAGUUAAACUCGAAUCAGACUGUGAUACUGGCAAUAUGCAAAUGCAAUUGCAUAAUACAUCCGAUGAAUUUGGUCAAAUGAUGGCACAACCCUUAGCAAUUGGAUUUAUGGUUUCAACGGCUCCAAUCAAUCGAAUGCCACCAUGGUUCUGGGUGAAUUGUCCACAAUUGGAGAAUGUGAAUCCGGUGUUUUUGAAAAGUUCAUUGCACAUUCACAGCCCGUUGAUCCAUCAAAAUUCAAAUGAAUAUAUUAAUCAAAGAUUUUCGCAUGCCGGCAUUCAUCCGCUUGAUUCACCAUAUACGGCCGACACAAUGAGAUAUAUUCUGGAGAGUUACAAUUUCUUAUCGUGGCUCGCCAUCGAUCCAAACACAAACGAUCGAAUUUCAUGUUUACCAGCUCAUAUUCAAGUGCUUAUGCAACUGUAUAAUAUGAUUGCGGCAUUCACCUAAAUUCCGAAUCAUUCGAACGAAUUGAUCAAAAAUCAAAUAGAAAUAAAAUUAAAUGAAUGGAGAACAUUGAACUGUGCGAUAGAAAAAAAAUGACGAUAGAAUGUAGGGAGAAAACAAGCUACAAAACUUAAACCAAAACUGAUGCAAACAUUUUAGCAUAUAUAUUAAUUAUAACAAUUCAAAAGAUGAGUUGAUCGACGAAAUUCUCUCAAAAAAUACACACGGCAAAAUUCAAAGUAAAAUGCAUCAAGUGUAAUACUUUGGAGCGACUGCAAACACAUUUUUACACUUCAGCAUUAGAAGUGUUUUUAUAACAGUAGUAUUCGAAUAUGAAUCUGUGUAUAGAUGGUAAAAUUGCCGUUUUACCCUGAUUACUUUAACGUUUUGCCAUGUGUACUUUGACAGAGUGAAUUAUUCGAAUGAUUCAAUUGAUUUUUUUUUAGAUUAAGUCGUUUUUAGUUAAAUGGUAAUUAAUCUAUAAAUGAACAAGAAACAAAAUUAUUGGUGUAAUGUUUCACAAAUAACUAUCAUAAUUGUAUUACGUAGUCCAUAAAUCAGGCUAUUUAUUUAUUUUAAACAAAAUAUACAAAUAAAAAAACACAAAUUCUAA